GUCCAAAACAUAAAAUAAAAAUGUCGCCUAAAUAAUGCUGAGCUGACGUAGAAUCGUAGAUAAAUAUUGUGUUUUCUCCAAAACUAGGCUGAAAUCAGUAGAGUAGCUCUUAAAUACCGUUCAAUAUGACAUAUUCAAGAUUAAUGUGACCUGUGAAUCAAUCCAAUUCAUGUGCAUGCUUCAACUAUGGUGAAAAUGGAGGGUUCGAAGACUACAAGUAAGACUAGCUCCCUGAAAGCUUUGAUCUUGAAGGCUUGGCGUGAGCGAUGGACAGACAUCCAGUGGGGGAUCAACAUCAAGACCAUUCUACCGAGAGGCGUAAGCGGAGAUCUUUAUAACCUCGCCGACUGUAUACUCCAGCAGGCGAUGGUAGGAUGCGGUGCCAACCAACUGAUUAUUUCAUAUCUGAAGCAUUCGCUGGCUUCCCACCUCGUCUCCUAUGCGGCAGUGUUACAAAGGAUUGCUAAGUUCGAUGCGUUUCACAAGCCGCACUGUAUAAGCAGCCUUCUUGAGUUCUUAGAGAGCUUCCUUGAUAGUAUAACAUGCCGAGGAAAAAUGGAGGAAGAAGUACUAGCCAGUGCUGUCUCAUCUAUAAUAUUGUGGCUUUUGCAAGUGUACCACUAUUCCCUAACAAAAUAUCCAGCCUCAAAUCCUAUUCAGAGCCAAGAUUUAUUGGAGAAAUCUUCAUUGAUAAUGAACUCAAUUGUAAACACAGAUUUCCUACUCGCUAUGUUCUUUCUGGCUAAGCAAAAUGAUCCCGAAGAGUACAAAGAAGUUAUAAAAAAAUGCCAGGAAAUAACUGGAUUUAUGAUGAUGAACACACAGUUCAAAGCACCCGCAACUAUUCACGACACAUUACAGAAGAUUAUUCAACUGGGCAUUGAUCAAGUUGCUCCCAUGAACAACAAGCCAGAAACAAUCACAUAUUGCUUGCAGGCUCUGGUGAGUGUCAAUGUAUUAUCUAACCCUAUAAUCGACUUACAAUACAUAGCUUGUCAGUUGGGCAUGGUGAAGAGAGUAAAAGGUUUUACAUUAUCAAGGCUGUAUUGUGAACUAAUAAGGGCUUCCUUCAUAUCCCUCAAUGACGCUAGCAGUGAUGCCUCUAAGCAAGCGUUAUGGGCAGCAUUUACAUUUCUGAAGGUUCCUCAAAUUAUCCAGUACUUACACAGUGCGUGCGGCACUACUAGCAAUGAUGGCGAGUAUUCUCUGGAACUUGUUGAAGCUUUUGAGAUGUUAUUACAAUCAAGUCCUUUACUAGAUAUUUUGGAUAACAAGUGCUCCUGUAACAGUGUAGUGUCAUUGCUGGAACCUUUGGUCAAGUUGAAUGUGGCCACUGAAGCUCAAAUAGCCUAUUUUGCAAAGAAACGUGAAAACAAAGAUUUAAAAUUACAAAAACUUGAGCCCACUGGACUGCAGGGGUCUGUGCCGUCGUUCAUUACUCGAGCUGAACCUACCCUUGCAGGAAUACUUAAAACUAUAGGGGGUGACUUCCACAAAACUCAAGAAUCUCUUUAUGCUAUGCUCUGCCAGAUUGUAAGUGGAACCACCUUAGAUACAAUCUUAGCCGUGGCCACAGUUGAAGGAAAACUGAAAGUUUUUGUCUCAAGACUAAUCAAAUUCAAUGAAUUUGCUCUGUUAGCGGCUAGUGAAAAGAGUGCUACCCAAUCCAAAGUAUAUAUUUUUGAUAUAUCAUUUCUGAUAUUGUGCUCAAUUGUCCAAGAUUAUGGAGCUGAUGCCGUACUAGAUGAAAAUGGAGACUCAUUUUUUGAGCAAUGGGUAAAAGAAUGCAUGCCACAAAAGGGAGUUCAUAAACCUCCUGAUCAAAUACUUCAGAAGUGUGACCAGCAAGUGAUUGACAUCUUCAUUCACCAUUUGAGUGCUCCAGAUUUUGACUUCAAGAACACAAAUUUAAAACCUCAUGAUCUUUGCAUCAAUGUCAGUGGCGUAGUAAAAGAAGUUCUAUUUGCAUGGGAGCAAGGUUCACUGACUGCAGCUGAUGUUAAACGCAUGUUGGAUUCUCUUAGGCAGAAAAUGGCGUCGCUGGCAGUGUGCGCCUCAGUUUGGCUUUGUGCAUACAUCAAUGUAGUCCAUCAAGAUGCUUUCCACAAACCAAUUAAUAUGAUACAGCAGUUUUUGAGUCCUCCAAGUGAAACUGAGUUGACACAAAUUGACAAUUUCAAAGAAAGAGCCAUGCUUAUGUCCCAGAUUUUAAGGAAAAUGCAAUAUGACGUUAAUCCACCUCCAGCACAGAAAAUCAAACCAUCAGCCCUACCUCACACGGUAGUUUCUAAAGAGCCAUUGCUAGUGCAACUACAAAAAGUUUGGGAAGAUGUCAAAUCUCGGGGGUACCUCCAUAUUGACGCUACACAUCUUAUUCAAAGUCUCCUCAACACAUCAGGUCACGUAUGGUUUGUGACAAACCUGGUGAAAGAAACUCUGAAAUAUCGUUAUCAGAAUGAUCUUGACAGAUCAGUGGAUAUCGUCUUCGCAAUGUUCCAUUUGGACAUUGAAAAGUGCACAGAAGCUCUACUCCUGCAUGUUUUGCCGCAAUACCUAUACAAUGCGAAAUUAUCUGAAGAACUUGUGGAGCCGCAAUCAGCUGUAUUAGCUAAACUGGCCGUCUAUUGCAUUUAUGCAGCCUUGGAGAGCAGCAACUCUGCUAAAACACCUGGUUCUAGAAAGAGACGCCACGAGGAUGGCGAUGAAAUAGAAAUGCCUACUGCCAGCAAACACAGACGGCUGAAUGACAACACAUCUGAUUCUGGAAUCUAUUCCAGCUCCGUCUCUCAAAUUCAAAGUUGUGGAGUCGUUUUAAAAGAGCCGCUCAUAUCUUCGCUGGAAUGUUUAUUUAAGACCUUUAUACAACUGGCGGGGAAGAAUGGGGACGUGACCCCGCAGACCCAUUUCAUUUUCAAACUCUUAGUUUACAUCGUCCAGUGUGGGAAAAAUAGGACCCAAGUGGUUCUGCAGAAAAUGCCAAGUGAAUUGGUGCCAACUCUGAUAAAGGCGUUGCCGGAAAUGUUUAACAUAAACCUGAUCCUGAGGCUGUAUGAUUUAUCUACGCCGCACGGAAGGAAAGACACUGCGCGAGACUUGUGCCUGCUGAGAAAUAUGCAAUUGAGGCCCGACUAACAAGUGUAGUCACGUUUUCGUAUCCGUUUAUAACUGAAUUGAUUGUAUACUUAUUCUUACUGUAUUUGUCUUUAAUGAUUUUGAUGUAUUCAAUUCAUGUAUGUAUUUUAUUUAAAUUUAAGAAUAAAUAGUUAUGAUCCAUA